AAACGCCGAUGGUAUAUUUCUUAAUUGCCCGUUGCAUGAUAUGGACACUAUCGGAGCACUAUUUCCAACAUAAUAAGCAUUAUCAUAACAAUAACAAGCUAGUAACUCGCGGCAUUCGAUGUGCUCAUGACGGGAAUACGAUAACCCGACAAACCGUCUCAGUCGGAUUUUGUGCAAGAAGCAGUACACAACACUUGUGUGUCGCCAUUACUACUGGAAUAUUUAUUCAAAUUGAAAGUUAAGGCGAGUUUCAGUUGGACGUUUCAUGUGAUUACCGUACGGAGUUUGCAAUGUGUUAGUGACUGUGCGUUUUUGAAUUCUGUGACUGAAUUAGUCCGCGGGAAUAAUUGUUAGCAUGGUGGUGGUGCUGAACGGCGUGCUCGCGGACGAGUGUCCCACGUCGGUGCGGGCGCUGCUGGUCGCGCACCCCGGCUACAGAGAUGCGGCUGCCCAGCUCUUGGCUGCGGCGGCCAGAGUCGUUCCUCCUCCGGGCCUGCUGUAUGUUGGACAGAGGGAACUGGCUGCCGUAGUGCCGCAUGACAAAAAUGUAAACAUCAUUGGAUCAGAUGACGCCACAUCAUGUAUAAUUGUUGUUGUCAGGCAUUCAGGAUCAGGCGCAGUAGCCCUAGCCCAUUUAGAUGGGUCAGGCACGGCAGAGGCGUCAGCAGCCAUGGUGUCGCGCGUCCAACAGCUAGCCGUGGGCUACCCUGAGGGCAGGCUCGAGCUUCAACUGGUCGGCGGCUUCACAGACCCACACCGCUACUCCGAUGAGCUGUUCGCGAAUAUUAUGUUAUCAUUCCACCGUCUAACAGUGGAGAUUGACCUAACCCUCGCGUGCUGCUGCGAGCUGAACACAGCCCUCGGUGGUGGAGCGGCCGCGCCCCUUGUAACCGGCGUUGGUGUCGACAUACGGGCAGGGGACCUGUUCCCUGCGACAUUCCCUGAUAAGGGACCAGAGCUGCCCUUGAGAGGAGCCAGGACUAUCACAAGUGGACCACAUUCAGGACAGGUGCUAGACAUAUACGACAACACGGUGGGCAUGCUCCGCAUCGGGCCGUUCAACUACGAGCCGCUGCGAGGAGUGGACCUGUGGCUGGAGCAGUCGGACGACUUCAUACUGCAGCACCUGAGCACCACGCCCGCUGUCGAGCCGCCACACUUCGUACAUAAUGUAAGCUCUGUCACAUGUUGAGGUCUGUGGCUCCUGUUCAACUACGAGCCGCUGCGAGGAGUGGACCUGUGGCUGGAGCAGUCGGACGACUUCAUACUGCAGCACCUGAGCACCACGCCCGCUGUCGAGCCGCCACACUUCGUACAUAAUGUAAGCUCUGUCACAUGUUGAGGUCUGUGGCUCCUGUUCAACUACGAGCCGCUGCGAGGAGUGGACCUGUGGCUGGAGCAGUCGGACGACUUCAUACUGCAGCACCUGAGCACCACGCCCGCUGUCGAGCCGCCACACUUCGUACAUAAUGUAAGCUCUGUCACAUGUAGUCUGUGGCUUCUGUUCAACUACGAGCCGCUGCGAGGAGUGGACCUGUGGCUGGAGCAGUCGGACGACUUCAUACUGCAGCACCUGAGCACCACGCCCGCUGUCGAGCCGCCACACUUCGUACAUAAUAUCCGCGUGACUCUAAAGUUCAUACAACAGCAUCCGUUCCCUGCCGUCACAGUGUUCCCGGACAACCGUGCACAUUACUACCGCCGCGACGAGCAGUCCGGCUGCUGGGUGCCCAUGCGCUUCUAGAACCUUCCAUUGCGUCACACAUCUUCUCAAAUGCUUCUAGAAAUGUCCAUCGCGAUACUACACAUUUUCUAAAGUGCUUCUAAAACAUCCAUCAUGAUACUACACAUGUUUCAAAGUGCUUCUAGAAACAUUCAUAUCUAUAGCUGCUUGUAUUAAGAUACUACUUAAAUUGCGCAGACUUAAUUCAUACCGCACAAGGUUAGGACACAUCUAUUUAGAAAAACUUAACCAGUGAAUUUAGGAGAGUCGGUGAAACUGGCCAUAAAAAUAACCCAGUGUUAAAAUUACAUCAUCUCAGUGUUGUUUAAAAAUAUUCUGAUCCUAUAUUCUGGCAAGGGCGAACUUUUUAUGCCGUUGAUCCGUUGAUCGAUAAGCACACAGCAAAUAUAAUCGGAAUCAAACAUCAAGUUAUUCACAGUUUAAUCGCAGCUUCUUUCAAAUUGUGAUUAAUCAUGCAUUUACAGUAGCAAUCGCAGAUUAUUUCAUUGUUCUUCUAAGUACGUAGUUAAUUGUGAUGCACUAUGCGCCAAUAUAAGGUGCCAAAAUUCGUAUACGCAUAAUAAAAUCUAAAUAGCAAAGACAAUGUACACCGUAUAGUAGAAUUUAUGUAGGUAUGUGUAACAAGGAAGACAAACUUUGUUUUAUUCAAUUUAUUUUUUGACUGCAGUACUUUUUAAUACAUUCCAUCCAUGACAAUUUAAAAGUUUAUUUCUUAAGUGACCAUAAUCUAAAUGUGGGUUAGGGAUGUGCCCUUGUAAAAUGUUGACGUAUUGUAUUCUGGGUUGCCAAUAAUUAAUAAAUAUAUAUGAUUUUAAUUUCCAGUGCAAUGUUUUUUGAUAUUAUAUUGCUACAAAUGCAAAUUAAAAUGCACAGUGUCUUUUUGUAAUGAGUUCGUAAGUCGCAAGGCAAUUAAAUUAAUUCAAAUAAUUUUGAUUUCGUGCAUUCAUAAUGAUCUAAUUUUAGAAACCAAUGAAUAAUGACUUACAAUGUAUUUUAGACUUGAAAGAUGUGUAUCGUUUUGGAAAAGUACAUGUAAACAAGUUUUGUUUUAUUGUGAUAAUUUGACUAUCGUGUUAUUGUUUCAUUUGUAUUUAUGAACAAAAGUAAAGGGUUCUUUAUCCAAAGUAUUGGUGCCAACUUAUUUUGAUAGAAAUUGAAUAAAUAUCGCUGACUUAUAAUAUUUUGUUGGACCAACAAAUACUUGAGCGAGGCUAGAAAAAAGUAGAACAGUUUCAAAUUAUGUAAUUUCUUCUGUAUUUUUCUAGAAAGUUGCCAAUUAUUACUUUUGUAUGUAAAUAUAAAAUGUUAAUGUUAUUAAGUUAUGUUAAUUGUAUAUUUUGACAGUUUCGUUUAUCUACUUCCAAUUUAGAUUUUAAAUAUUAUAUAUAUUUCUUGCCUUUUAGGUAUAUGGCAGGAAUGAUGAAUUUAUGAAAUAGAGUAAAAUUGACAGAGAACAAGUUAUGUUGUAAAUAUUAUAGUGAUCACUUAGGUAUAGUUAGAUGACGUUAUUAGUUAUUGUUUUGUGAAAUAUUAUGAAUAUAUUGAAAGUUCAAAAGA